CGGUGGGUCGUUUUCUGGUGUGGUGCAUCAUACUAGUGGGGGCUCCAGAGAGUAGAUUGGACCGGCGUUUUCUUUUUUGUUGGUACCGUGUACCCCGUUUUUAGGGGACUGCUGGUGGUUGGCCAGCAUCUUGCUAACUGAACUUCUUUUUGGAAACAAAAAACUCUGGAAGUGCUUCCGGUGGAGCUACCUGGUGGUUGGUAUUCAACAAGUGAACAAGAAAGAGACUCACAAAAAGGUUUAAAUCAAUGCAAUGGUGUUACCAAAAAAUCUCCCAAAACACUAGCGCCGUCUCUAAGUUAAACUAGAUAUUCUCAUCACUCUAUCAUCGGCAAGAGAGUUAUACAAAGUGACAGUUUCCAAACGAUUGACUAAAAGUUGUUGAAAAGUGAAAGUGUCUGAGAGUCAGUUCGGGAAAAGGAUUCACUCUUCUUGCUCUGUUUGGUGGCCUGGCAGUGCGAAUUUGUGAUCCGGUCCAAUUCCUACGUCAACAUGCGAGGACUUUGGGUCCUUUGUUUCAACGUUCUGGUGCUGAGCUUCCGAGUGACGGCAUGGCAAGCAGUUCGGAAUCCGUUCGAGUUUAUCAAACCCCCGGAAAAGGUCCAUCCAGUGACAGAUUGCAUGCAUGUGACAUCUGAGGAGGGGGAGUUCAUCUUCAAGAAGCUGCCUCCGAUUGUGGCUUCGCCAAAGCAUGGCCGGUUGAUCGACAUCAUGAACUCGGCACCGGUGAUGGACGUUUGUGGUUUGUAUUUCGUUACGGAUCCGGAUAAGCUGGUCGAGGUGACAGUUAAACACCUUGACGUCAAUUGUGAAACGGGUGGGCUGAUGUCCUUCGUCGAUGGAUGGGAACUGAAUGGGAUGUAUUUUCCCACGGAACAUGACCACCCCAAGAGUAUGGACCAUCGGAUCGAGGAGUUCUGCAACGAUCCCAAGAUGUGGCCCUUCCAUCCGGUGCGGAAAGCUUUCCGGUCCAGUCAGAAUGCGGCACUGAUUCAGUACCGGAUACCGAUCAGCGGAUCGUUCAUUGUUUCGGUGCGGUAUUUGCAUAAUCCGGAUCCAUGCAAUGUGAUGGCCGAAGGAGUUGCGCCGUUUUAUACAUUGAAGAAUCACGGCAAACAUCGGAAUUGUUCGCUGACGGCAGUGUUUCCGGCGGUUCUUUCCGUGGUCGGUGUGGACGUUGGCGGUCGGAAGGAUGGUGUUAAUUAUGAUUGCGAUCGACCGGAUUCCUACGACCGGCUGGACAUCGGCGGCUCGGCCGGCCUGGACACUAGCGACAUGGACCGUUCCAGCUCGGUUUGCGGCAAAAGUUUGGAGCUCGGGCCGGAGCAAGCCAUCUUCUGCGGAACCACCUCGGCCCGGCUAAUCUCGAGCGGCCGUUUCGCCAACCAGGCCAUGAUUUCAGUUCGGGUAGCGGACGAAAACGACAUCCCCCUGGCCACGGUCCUAUGCGAUAUGCGAAGGAAAAAGAAAAAAUAAACACCAGACGAUCGGAUUUUACUACUGUAUUUCACCACACCAUUACAUAAGUAAACCUACACACACACACAAAGAACGUUCCACAUCAGUCCUUGUUGGGAAGAAAAAAAAUAUUUAAAGUGAAAAAAUACAUACGAUUGAGUUAGAAACAAGGGAAACGUUAAAACGCUGUAAAAAUUUUGAUCUCCUAGAGUAAGUGUGAUAAGCGGUCAUCAAACUGUCCUGAUUGUGUAAUCAACAACAACAACAACUUAUCCGAGAUGUGAUCUGUCUUGAAACGAAGAUUGUAUUAUGCUAGAAAAAUUCCUAGUUGUUGUUCAGAAAGGGAAAAGAGCUAUGAGAUAUAAAUUGCUAUUAAAAAAUACGAGCCGAUAUUUAUUUUGCAAAAUUUUAAUAAACACACAUAAAUCAAACAUUCAAGCCAAACCAAAUAGAUUCAACCAAAGAUAGACACAAAGAAGAAAAAACUACCAAAAAAAAGAGACAUGUAUAAAAUGAGCAACAGUAAACCAUGGAAAUAUGAACUUUAGUGUUAACUUUGACA